AUGGUUUUUGGAGUCGAGCUUGAAGAUAUGGGUUCGAGUCUGGUUGGUCUUUCUCAUGAUUGGCGUCCUGUCGCCUUUUGCAUUCUUGCCACAUCCAUUUGCAUUCUCCCAUUUGGUGGGUAUGAUUGUCAUCUUGUUUUAAAUGGCCGCGAGAUGGUUCGUGUUCGUGGGGUGAACAAGAACAUGGGCUGGCCUCAUGUGAUUGGCCUUCUUCCAACCAUUGUGGUCGGUAUUCUAUCUUUGACUACCGACAGGAUUGGUAAGGGUGGAAAGUUGACUUGGGAUGCUGCUGGCGACGACACCUACAAGCAAGCAAGAUUUGUUCUUAUGUGGUAUACUAUCAUUGUAUUUGCCAUAUGUCUUCUGUUUGAUAUUGUGGAUACAGUACUAUACUACAACUAUGGCAAGACGACCAUUGAUCGCUCUGCUUGGACCACGCGCCAGCUAAUCCAGAAUGGUGAAUCUUCAGUAUAG